UAACUGUGAUUUUUGUUUUAUUUAUUUAUUAAUCAAUUGCAUUACUCUACUAUACAUCUGGGUGUUUUUUGUUGUUGUUGUUGUUGUUGUUUUUUGUUUGUUUGUUUGGUUUUUUUUUUUUACAAAUUUUCUAAUACUAUGACUAAUUUUGUCAAGACAUUUUUUUUUAUGUAGUAAUGAUUUUAACACAAUGUAAGAAUAACGUUUUAUGCUAAUGUUUUAAGAACGUUUACCAAAAACAUGUAACUUUGAAAAAAAAAAACAUCCUACUAACGUUACUGCAAAAACGUUUUUUAAAUCACUUUGAGAGAACUUGUUCCGUGUUAGCUGGGUUAGUAAAUAUUUGCUGUGUCUAUGAUACUGUUGGCCUUCCAUACAGAUCCCUCAUGUGAGACGCCCAAACUGGGACACGGUAGACACUUUAUAGACAACAUGAGGAGAAACGAGCCACCAAACUAAUACUCUGGAAGUAUGAAGAAACAUCCGUAAGUUUGGCAGAUCUGGAGUGAGGCCCACAGGAUGACCCUAUUACCCAACCAAAAGGACUAAUUUGAAGAAAAAUCAAAUAAAGCAAGUGUGCCACCAUGAUGCCAUUUCACUCAAACAACACAAGCCAAGAGGCAUUAAAUCAGUCCUUCUGCUUUUCCAUCAACAAACCCCCAUUCCAAAUCAGCCACACCAUCGCCUCAGCCUAUUUCUCGGUUGUGUUCUGUGUGCUGGGCCUCAGCUCCAACCUGUUUGCAUUUGUGGUGCUGGUCAAGUCCUUCAAGCAAACACACAGCCGCUCUCGCUCAUCCUUUCUUCUCUUCCUAUGCGGCCUGGUGGUGACUGACUUCAUGGGCCUGCUGGUCACUGGAGCCAUCGUGGUCACUUUCCACAUCACACAUUUCAACUGGAUGAAACUGGACCCCUACUGUCACUUCUGCAACUUCAUGGGCAUGUCCAUGGUUUUCUAUGGCCUGUGCCCACUUCUUUUGGGUGCUACAAUGGCUGUGGAACGAUUUGUAGGCAUCACCCGGCCUUUUGCCCGCUCCACAAACAUGUCAAAGAGCCGAGUGUGCACCAUAAUGGCCAGCGUGUGGGUGGCGGCUGGGUGUAUCAGCCUGUUGCCUCUGUUCGGUCUGGGUAGCUACCACCUCCAGAUCCCAGGUUCGUGGUGCUUCCUGAACAUCAGCUCUAUGCCCCUGGAUAUGGCCUUCUGCCUGGUGUUCUCACUGGUCGGGCUGACGUCUCUGGCCGUGUCCUUCAUCUUGAACACAGUGAGCGUGGUCACUUUGCUGAGGGUCUGCUGUGGACAGGACUCCACCCAGCGCCGGAGAGACUAUGAGGUGGAGAUGAUGGUGCAGCUCAUCCUUAUCAUGGUCAUUGCAUCCAUCUGCUGGUAUCCACUGCUGGUGUUUAUUGCACAGACAGUAUUGUCUGCAUCAAAGCUGGACAUCCCCAAACUGUUGCUCUACAUUCGCUUUGCCACCUGGAACCAGAUCCUGGAUCCCUGGGUCUACAUCCUCUUCCGUCGUUCCAUACUGAAACGUAUUUAUCCUCGCAUGGACUGGUCUCGUGGCUCCAUCGCCAGCCUCUACUCAACCUCUAUGCGCAGACUCACUCAUUCCUCUAUAGGGCGCCCUGUCAGUCUCAGGGAGCAAAUCUCCGAUGAACCAAAGCAGGAACAUGAAUUAAUGUCAAUGCGGAGUGUCUCUCCUCCUUCUUAAUCAACAUUCGGCACCUUCAGUUUAACGAUUUGGUCAGUCAUUUAUGUUUAUGAAAAGUCUAUUUUGUUAACAUACUCCAAAACCUAAUAACAUGAUUUUUAAAAUGGUUUAUUCUUCUUUCAUGGAUGAAAAAACUGCAUACAUUAAUAUUUGGGUCACUUUUGUUAACAUUCCCUUUUCCAACAGAGACUUUUCAUUUAGUGCCAUUUAAUUUUAUGUAACGCAGCUUUACAGAAAUUCACAUGUAGAUCCAAAUCCUUGGCAAGGAAGUAAUCCCUGAGGUGACAUGAGAAAGAAAGCUUGAGAGAAACCAAUCUUUCUCUGUGUUUCUACAGAAAAGUGACUUGUGAUUUUGUGAUUCUGUGACCAAUGUAGGCUAGUUUCCUAACAGUUAACUAGCCAACUAGCUAGGUUAGCCAAUGUUAGCGAUGAAAAACAAAGUGCUGUUUGUUGCCAUGAGUAUAUUCUGACAAGUUUGGCUGUUAAAUAAAUCAUUGUGAAAAUGGAGAAAUCAAGACUCGAUAGUGAAACCAUACUCGUGUCGAUCUGUGAUAAAUGUGAGCUAGUUUUCUGCUACCUAAUACAUCUAAUGUUGAUGAUAGUCUAUUCGAAAUGGCAGAAGGACAUUAAGCAGGAUUUUAAUUUGCAUAUUUGUGUAUAGCUCUGGAAAAAAUUAAGAGAUCACUCCAAAUUUUUCUUAAAUCAGCAUCCCUACAUGUAUGGCAGCCAUUCCAUUCCAGUAUCUGUUGAAUUCCAACACAAACAUGCCUCAUUCUACUUAACGAGGCACUGAAAACUUAAACCAAAUUUUAUUUAACCAGGAAAAGUACAUUUUUAAAAAAAAAAAACUUUUUGCAUUAUUUGUCAUUAUUUUGUGUCUGAAAACACUUUUUUGUUGUUAUUUUGACCAGUUGUCAUUUUCUGUAAAUAAAUUCUCUAAAUGACAAUAUUUUUGUAAGCAAUUUGUGAGAAAUGUUUUCAGUAGUUUAUAGAAUAAAACAAAAAUGUUCAUUUUACCAAAACACAUACCUAUAAAUAUUAAACCCAAAGAAACUGAUAAUUUUGCAGAUAAUUUUUUUUCAGAGCUGUAUAUUCAUAGUUCUUGGCAUUUUAAAUGAGACUACAGGUGUAGUGUGUUGAUAGGAUAAUUUAGUAAAAUAGUCUAAGUUUACAAUUCCAAAAUGAUGGCACAAAGGAUGUUGUUAGAUAUUUUCCUGAUAAACUGUAUGCGUUAUAGUGUUUAUCAUGAAACAACCUCUUCUGCUGCACUCUUGAACAAAAACACCCAAGAGGACAGAAACUGAAAAUAGCCUUUUUUGCAUAACAUUAUUUUAACAUAUUCAUUAAAAAAAAUUCCACGAAAAUGUGUUGGUUAUUCUCACGUUACCCUUGGAAAAAUUAAAGCACAAAAAUUGAUCAUAUUUAAUCAUAUUUAAUAUCAAUUCAUCUCCCAGCAUCCAUCCAUUCUCACUUCCCCAAUCUCUUUCACUCAGCUUCAUUCAGAUUCACAGGUUUGCUAAUCUCACACAGCUGUAGUUAAUUAGCAUAUGUAUUUAUUCACUCAUUUCAGUCUUGUUUGUGUUUUUUGGCCGCAGUUUUGAGCCUUUUGUUCUGUUGGAUUUGUUCCCAUAAACGCUAUUUCUUUUGUUUCAUACAACAUUAUAUUAGAUUAGAUUCCAUCUUCUAUACCGCUUAUCCUUUUUCAGGGUCGCGGGGAAACCUGGAGCCUAUCCCAGGGAGCAUGGGGCACAAGGCAGGGUACACCCUAGACAGGGUGCCAAUCCAUCACAGGGCACACACUCACAUACAUAUUCACACAUUCAUACACUACGGACACUUUGGACAUGCCAAUCAGCCUUCCAUGCAUGUCUUUGGGGGAGGAAACCGGAGUACCCGGAGAAAACCCCCGCAGCACGGGGAGAACAUGCAAACUCCGCACACACAGGGCAGCGGGGGAAUCGAACCCCCAACCCUGGUGGUGUGAGGCUAACCACUAAGCCACCAUGCACCCUGGCCAGAAUGUGUUGAUUUAUAUUCUAUAGCAGCUGCUUAAUUUUUUUUUAAGAAUUGUAUAUUAAUGCACAUGUUUUAAUACGUUAUUGUUUCUAUAGUUACAGCUCAUUCAUGGGACUUGUAUGGUGGACAUGCCACUUAAUCUAAGACUAAUAAUAAACAAAAAAAAUUUGAAAAAAAAGUGUUAUUAUUUAACAAAGAAAAACAUAUAAUUGUUGCUGUCAUGAAGUCUUCUGCACAGAUGCUUUUAUUCACUAUUUUCUGAAGGAGUCUCCAGUGUCAGCAAAUUUUGUCUUUUUGUCAUUUCCUAACAAGAGAGAGAAAAAUAGAGACUGGUGAGGGAAUAUAUGUUUAUAACUGCUUUGAGGGAAGUAGUACAGUAGGAACUUGUUUUGCAGACUUUCCACAACAUCAAUAGCUAUAAAUGGAUUUUUUUUAAAAGCAUGUUGUGACCUUAUUUCUUAAAAAAUAAUGAGAACUGCAGAUGUUUUCUAAUGGACGUCACACUGAGAGUGAGCGUAUAUGAGAAAUGCUUGUUUUACUUAUCAGAUGAGUUUCUGCUGUUUUGAGAUGUGGAAUGAAAAUCCAUGAGAAAAUGAAAACAUUUUAUACACUGGCAGUUAAAAAUUUUCACACUCUAUUAACAUUUUUGGUGAAACUGAAGAGUUGAAGUUAAAUGCUUCAAAAUGCUAAAAUAAGAAAUAGAUAUUUUAAAGUAUUGUUACAGUGGUGGAAAUAGGUAACAAUUAUGUUGUGUGUGUGAGAGAGAGAGAGUUUGCUGCAGUGAACUAUUUGGGGAAAAGCUAGAAACGGAAAUUCAUUAACAGUCUUCUUAUACGCAAAAGUAAAAUCAUGAUGAUGAUUAAAAUGUUUGAUGCAAAACUCAAAUUAACACAUGUCUAGGUGCACACAAUUAAAAUAAAGUAUAAAUAAAAUGUAAUUCCACAGGAGUGUAUGUGUAUAUAUAUAUAUACACACACACACACACACACACACACACAUACACUUUUUAUUC